AUGAGCCGCGCCACGAUCGAGCUGGCCACCACCGCCACCGCCGAUGGCCUUUCGAGCAUCGCGCUCAAGAUCUGCUCGCCUCCGAGCCCCAUCGCCGCAGCUGUGUUCGCACACGGCGGUUGCUUCAGCGACGGCUGCUCGCAGUCGCACCCUGCCGUCACCGAGGCCCUGGCAGGCAUCGGCAUCGCCUCGGUAUCGUCGACCUAUCGGCAGGGCGCGGCGCAUCCGCACCCGACAGCGCAGCACGACCUCGCCUGUGUCGCUGAGUUCGCUCGGCGACGCUGGCCGUCACUGCCGCUGGGCGUGAUUGGCUCGAGCAGCGGCGGGUGGCACGCGCUGGCGCUCUCACGCACGAUCGAGGGCAUGCGGUUCUGCGUCGCCCUCUGUCCCGUCGCGGACCCGCUGCUGCGCGCAGAGUACCUACGAGAAUGCGUGCAGGGCACUGCGGCCAUCGCGGGGUGGAGGGUAUGCCACGAGCCGUCUGUGGCUGGGAGGAUGCUUGCCAAGCAACUAGGCGCGCCGGGCAGGGGCUACUGGGGAGACGACGAGUCAAUGCGCGCGGCCGGGGAGAUGCUGCUCCCUGCCCACGCCGUGCCGACGAUGCUCGUGCUCGGAGGCGUCGACAAGAAUGUGCCGCUGCGUGUCGCAGAGGGCGUGCAGGGCUGGGCGCACCGCACGCUCAUCCUCGGCGGCAUGGGCCACGAGAUCCAGGACGCCCCACCUGCCGCAAACUCGUGGGUGCCGGACGUCAAGGCCUUUGUGGCGAGCGCGCUCGUCGGCACGGCCGCCGCCACGAAAGGGGCGCCUUGCGACCAAGAGGCUCCGUAG